UAACAGGAUUGCAUGGUAUCAGGUUACUUCUAAGUACGUGAGAUUAUAUUUUACAUUUGCGAAAAAGCUCAGAAUUACAAACCGGACUACGUGUAACAUUAUACAAUAAACAAUGGAGUGGAUUGUGUAUACCAUGCAGAUUAUGAUUUUAAUCAUUUUCCCUGUAUGGAUUUAUCUUUGGUUCAACAAACGCAAAGAGCAGCAUUAUUUUUGUUCAGACAUACAAUUUCUUCUAAAACGACAAUGGGCUCUCUGGUGCAUCCCGAAACGGAAGAAAACAAACAACGAAGACGAAAUAACGUUCAAUAUAAACAAAAUCUUGAAACCAUGCGCGGAUAAUCCACAGAUUAUUAUGGAUGAAAAUAAUUGCGAUAGCUUAUCUUUUUAUGGUGCUGAUCAGAAAGGCAAUUCAUUAUUCGUUAAAAUGAAUCACAGAGGAUAUCACGUAGCGGAAUUAAUCUUGCAAUUAAUCUUAUCGGACGGUCGAAUUUAUGUGCUACCUGAUUAUCCUAAAACUAUAACAAAAGAUACAAAUAAAAAAUGGUCAGCAUUGGGUCUAAAAAUUGAAGAAUUGGCACCGCGACAACGUUGGAGAAUUACUUAUAAUGGUCUUCUUCGAAAUCAAUGUCGAGGAGACACUUCUAACGAUGACAAUGUGGAACAUGUUCGUUUAAAUUUCGUAUUUAUAGGAAAGCCUCGGCAAUUAGAAUGGCCAGAUGACUGGAGUGCUUAUUUGCAUGCGGAUGCUUUAGCUCGUGAAUCAUGGAAAAAUCCCAAUUGGAUGCACAAAAUAAAAUUAAUAGACUAUACAGGUUUUGAUCAAUGGGGAUCCACUAUCGGACAGAUAACGUUCAAAGAUUCAAAUACGGUUACACUUUAUUUACGAGGACUUUGUCAGCGACGUUGGGGUAAACACGAAUCUUCUCAAUUUCAUCGAAUCGUUACUUUUUUUGGUGUAACAAGGCAUGGAGCGAUGUACUAUAUUGGUGUGAGCGAUACCAAAUAUAGUUUUUCAUGCAUGCAAUUUGGUCAUCUUCAGGAGGUAGGAGGAAAAGUAUCUAAAAUUGAUUGGACCGAUAUAAAACUGAGUGAUUUUGAAAAAGAAAAUACUAUUCCUAUAAACUACAAGAUUGCGUUUAGAGCGGCUGGAAAAAAUUACGACGUUGUUAUCAACUACACAGUGGGCGAUGCAAUUACCUGUUACAAUGGCCAGUCCUGUUUUUGGGCGUGUACAACUCGUAAUCUCCGUGUACAUCUAAACAGCAGUGACGGCGUUGGGCUUAUGAUUGCAUGCUAUUCGUAUACUGGAUCGAAACAAAUUAACAAUUCUGACACCAGAGUUCGAUACUUGACACGAGCUGACAAAUUUAUGCAAAAGGACAGAUAUAUUCUACAUUUUGCCGAUAAACAAUGUCAAAAUGAGAACAUUGUCGGAGGAAAGGCAUAUUCUCUUGCAGUUCUGACAUCUAUUAUUACAGAUGAUUUUAUAGUACCUGAAGGCUUUUGUGUAACGAGUCUCGCUCUGGAGCGACAAUUGCAACAUUGCAAGCAAUUGCAAGAUUCGAUCAGUGAUAUAAUAGACAUCAGUCGUGGCAAAAAAAAAGAGGAUCUCCAAACUUAUUGUCAAAAGACAGUGUCCAUCAUUCAAACUACUUCAAUCGAGGAACAAAUUAAACAAGCGAUAUUGGAGGGAUUGAAGAGAUUAGAUUCUCUAUGUGUAAAUAAAAAACAUGUUCGCAAUCUAUAUGCCGUGAGAUCGAGCGCUGUUGGAGAGGACAGUGAAGAAACUUCAGCCGCUGGUCAAAACGCGACGUAUUUAGGUGUGAAGAACGCGAAUGACGUUAUCGAAUGCGUUGCUAAAUGCUGGGCAAGCCUCUUCUCAUAUCAAAGCGUUGAGUACAGACGGCAGAAUGGAUUACCCAUAAAAGUAUCUAUGGGCGUUUGCGUUCAGAGAAUGAUCGACGCGGAAACAGCUGGCGUUAUGUUUACUAGACAUCCUACGACCGGUGAUCCAUCUAGUAUCAUUAUCACGUCCAAUUACGGUUUGGGAGAGACGGUAGUGUCAGGAACGGUCGAGCCUGAUACUCUGACAAUUCGUAGAAAGUUAAACGAUACUCUAUCUAUAGACUCAUCAGUGAUAGGGAGUAAAGAGCAGAAGAUAACACUGAAGGAUGACGGUGUGACUACAUGCACUCUGAGUGAACAGGAAACUAGGAAGAUUUCCAUAUCUGACACGGUCGCUCUGCGAUUAGCUAAAAUAGGAAAGCAAUUGGAAUUGCUUUUUGGAUCCGCUCGAGAUGUAGAAUGGGCGGUUGCCGGCGAGCAGAUUUUUCUUUUGCAAGCACGACCCAUCACUACCAUUAAUGCAUGGACAGACUUUGAGUUGAUGCACGAAUUAGACUCGGAGAUUCCUUCCGACGUCGAACUUAUGACUUUCGCUAAUGUCGAGGAAGUUCUUCCGCAUCCCAUUAGUCCUUUGUCGAGCUCUACCAUUAUAAAAAUAUUAAACGUCACGCUUGACGUUAAAAACAGAUCUGAUUGCUCGCAUCUUUGUGUGAUUGGUAUGAGAUGCGCGAUAAAUUAUUUUAACUCUCUUUUGCUAGAUGUUGACAAAGAAGUAACGAUGGCGAAUAAAAUGACAGACCUAGCCAUAUGUGGACGUGUAAUAACGACGCCCGAAAUACAUCGGUUUGCGGUAGAAAAAUACGGUAUCGUAAGCAGAUGGCGAAAAAUGUAUUUGAUAUACGAUGCGUUGAAAACAAAUUUUAAAAGUGACGCGAUACUAAAAGAAGGGAUCGAUGUAUUAAACAAAUUUAUUUUGAACGCUACGGAAUUUGAUACACCUCGUAGUCUGUACAGUGCCAUAACUAAGAAGUGUAAGGAAAUCUUUCCAAUAAUAAAGUGCCACCAGACAACAACCAUGAUAAACGUCUAUAAUCAGAUAAGAGCGAUGUCGCUCUUAACAAAGGGUAGCGACGAUUUUACAUCCGAUCAUCUUGCUGAUGUCGCUGUUCUGUUUAGUUCAUGUACCGAUGUUAUUAGCAGCGAAGUGCCAAUAGCACUGGGCAAUAUAGCAGCGUGUAUCAGAAAAGACGGCAAAGCUGAAGAGUUUAGUAAAGUUGAACCCGCAAAAGCUAUAGAUUGGUUGAAAUCGAAUUGCCCUCUAGCCGCGGAAAAACUGCGUACUUUCUUUGACAUGCAUGGUCACAGAUGCGUUCACGAAUUAGAUUUGUAUGCAGAACCUUGGAUAUUUAAUCCUGAUGGUAUCAUUAGUACAAUUCAGACACUGGUAAUGUCCCUCGAAAAGAAUUAUACGAGAAAAACGCUUAAUGUAGAGGAAACUAUCGCAUCUUUAAAGACGCCCAUGUCACAGUCUAUCAAAAAGAGUUUACGACAAGUGAUACCUCUUUGUCGAAAAGCUAUCAUACGCAGAGAAAUGUCGAAAAAUAUAUUCGUGUCUGCUGUACAUAUAUUGAGAUUAGCGUACAAACAUCUCGGUACUUUGAUGGUUGCCGAGAGUUGCUUACCUGAUGAAAAUCUCAUAUUUUUUUUGACGCACCAAGAGAUCGGACAACUCUUGAACAAUCACAGCUCAUUACUCGUACGAAAAGCACUACGUAGAAGAAAAAUUUAUCAGCAAGUAGCAAAGUUUGAAUAUCCAGAAUUCAGCAUGGGCGUGCCUAUACCAGUGCAGGUUGUAAAUAGAACACUCGACACCUCACUUAAAGGAUGUACAGAGAUUAAAGGUACUUCGGUUUCUGAGGGUUCUGUCCUAGGCAGAGCGUGCGUGAUAACGGAUUUGUCCGAGGCAAAAAAUAUACAACAAGGAGAUAUUUUGAUCACACAUUGCACCGACAUCGGUUGGAGUCCAUACUUUUCAUUAUUAGGUGGAAUCGUAACAGAAUUGGGCGGUCUUAUAAGCCAUGGCGCUGUUGUGGCGAGAGAAUAUGGUCUUCCUUGUAUUGUUGGCGCUAAAAGUGCAACUCUAAUUUUUCAGACCGGUGACACUGUAUUAUUAGCGGGAGGUGUGUUGAAAUUAAUUAAGAAAGCUUAAAGAAGCAAUGAUGAAAUAGAUAUAGAUUUUCGUUAUUAUUAUUAUUGAAAUUACGCCAAUAUACCUCAAAGGAAAAAUUUACAAAGUUUCAUUGCACUUGACACAUAAAUAUUCUCUCGAACGGAAGAGAGAAAGAGAGAGAAUGAUAAAUGAAGUAGAUAAAACUUAUUCUAUAAUGGACGCAAUACAUGCAAAUAUCGUAAAUUUUACGUUUCAUCUCUACUUGUAUGAUGGUCCAUAUAUAAUAUGCAUAUUCAAAUGUAGCGAUGAAAUUUUUAAUAAAUUAUAUAUACUACUUACCACGCAUUACUGAGCGAUAUUCUAGUUAGUAGUCAUAAACAAAUUAUACAGUAGUAACACGGUCGGGAUUCGCCGUCAAGUAACGAAUAUUCUCCGUUGCCUCAUUAGUAAGACAGGAUAGUUGCAGUCGCAUGCACGUUGUGACCUUCGAUAGAAGGGCAUCUAUUCGCAUACGGUCUUCCUUGUUUACGGGCUGAGGUAUCGCGUCCAAAGCUUCCUCGAAGAAACUUCUGCUUGCGAGAAAACAUUACAUUCAGAAUAUAGAUUCAACGCAUAAUUGUUGAAAAUGAAGUAAUUCUCGAUUUUUUAAUAUCUAAUUUAUACUUUGCUCUAGCCGUGCUGUAGGCUUGCAGGGCAUUCCUCAAAAGUAUUAUAUCUGUCCGAGCUUGGAUAAUUCCGGCCGGACGAAACUGAGUAACGCAUGACAUGAGUCGUGCGAGCUCUUCCGCUAUAGUUUCUAUUAUGUGGGAUAAAAUUCGGUGUAACAGAGCUGGAGCGACUCUGCGCACCUGCGAGAAGACAAAGGUUAAAAAUGUUAUGUAUGUAUAUAAUUUUGUAUAUACCGAAUUUGAGGUAUGACCUCCAACGUAUUACCUCCGCAUGUACUGCGAUUAAAUUCGCCAAUAUUUCUUGGGCAUAUGGUUUUAAAUGAGUCGGAUCAGUAUCAAAGUCCCAUUCCAAACCGCCUAAAUACAUGCUAGGCUCUAUUGUCCCAACAAGCGGAUCGCAACGACGUUCCAGAUACGCAUCCAGAACGGCGCUAUCCAACGUCUCCAAUUGCGUCCAAUCGGAAUUCCAUCCGACUGCGGUGGAUAAUUCGGGAUAACCUUGUGUUUUCAAGGUGUUCUCGAUUCUUGGUAAAACGACGUUUAACGUGUAUCGUAUAUUGCUUAACGAGAUUAAGAGGCAUUGUUCCCAUGUCUGUUCCAUAAGAAAUUUACAAAUAUCGUAUGCAAAAGAAAAAAGUAUUAGUAUCUUUAUAUGUGCCGCGUAAAAGUACGUCCCAUCAUUUAUGCUACUUACCGGUCCUUUGUGCUUAUUGUUUUUACUUUUAUAACCAGAAGGCGAGCCGAUCAAUUGCGAAACCGAUGUUUCAUCGUUUUCCAUAGCUUCCUCGCAACCGCUAAAUGCUAGUUGUUGUAAACAUCGUGUGAACGAUGUAAAUAACAUCUUGACGGUAUUGUGAUAAAGAAUCUGAUGUGCCGGAUUAUUGAACAACGGUCCUUCUCUAGGACCGCAAGCGACUACCGUUUCACGCGCAUGUUUCGAUAUCUCCAAAACUAUUUCCUCAAAUAAAUAUGGCUAUUUCAUAGCACAAAAUUAAAUUAUGGCGAUAUAUUAACAUAGGAUUAU